CCUUUACCUUACCUCACCUUACGGAGUUCCCGUACUACGUACAGAUACACUCCCAUAGUACCAACAGGCUACCCGGUCUUCAGAACAGACCACACGCUAAGGUGCCGACCGAACAAGAACCAAACAUCGGAAAGUGUGAGCCUCACCUUUUCUUGCCCGGGCCACAGAUCGCACCACACACUGCACACUGCACCGACACCGCAUAUCCGUCGCAUCUGGCCGUUUGGGACAAAACCUCGCCGGUCCAUUCUCACACCCCCAGAUCAACUUCCACCUCUUCCCGCGACACGUUAUCUCCAUCAGGUGCAUCACCUCUCUUUCGCGACUCCCGCCUUGGCAGCCACGCCCCACCAAGAGAUCGUCCUCUCUUCAGCCUUGUGCGUGUGUGUGUGCCGGCACGUUGAUGCACUCCGCCGCGAUAUAAAGAAGCCCAGAGGCGUGGAUCGUGCUGUCCCACUUGGCACCUUCGAUUUGAAUUCGAAUUCGAAUUCUCAUACCCCUCGCGCCUUCUCACUGAUGCCAAGCUGAGGUACGGAUCGUCAAAGACAUGCUCUGAUUCGAGGCCAACCAAACAAUCCACCUACCAACUCUCUUCUUGCCGAUCCCUCAGCUUCUUCCACAGUCGACCGGCCAGCUGCGUCUCCAAGUGCUUCGCAAUAUUCUCUCGCGCGACAACUCCAACCGACCGUGCACCUGCAACUAUCGGCCGCUCCGGAUCGCAUAUCGACACAUCUACAAAAUACUACUCCAGGAACACCAUACACUCUGGCAGCAACAUGUCUCUUCCCCUGAGCUCUGAAGAUGAGGAUAACUACACCGCCAUCAUAGAUGGCAUCCUUGCGACCGCGGACUUGACGACCAUCACUCGCAAGAAGAUCCGUUUGGGCCUGGAGAAAGCUCUUGGCGGGAAGGACCUGACUGCUCAGAAGGAUGCCAUCAAGGCGCUGAUAGAAGAGCGCUUCGACGCCAUCUCGGGCUCCAACGACGCAGCCCCCGACUCGUACUCCGCAAGUCCCGCCCCGAAGCGCGAAGCCAACGGCCACGACGAUGAUAUUGAUGGCGAGAUUGAGGUGUCCGUCGCGCCUGUCCGGAAGAGGCAGAAGCGCGAGGACUCGUCUGAAGACGCCGACGCCAAGCUCGCUGCCAAGCUACAAGCUCAGGAAAACCAAAUGGCAAGAGGAAGGACAACUCGCGGCGGCAAUGGCGCAAGCAGUAAGGGUAGCAAAGCGGCCAAGAAGAAGAAGGCGCCCCGCAAGAAGAGCGACAAGAAGAUUGACGACAGCGACGUCGAGGACAGCGGCGAAGCGCCGAAACGCAAGGCUGGUGGUGGAUUCCAAAAGCCCUUCAACUUGAGUGAGCCGUUGUCAGAGUUGCUUGGCGAACCUCAGCUCUCUCGCCCACAGGUUGUCAAGAAGCUCUGGGAACACAUCAAGGGCAACGACCUACAGGAUCCGGAAAACAAGAGACAAAUCAUUUGCGACGACAAGAUGCACGCCAUUUUCAAGCAAUCCAAGGUGGAUAUGUUCCAAAUGAACAAGAUGAUCGGGGCCCAUCUUUACCCGGUCGAAGAGCAGUGAGAGCAUACUUAGGGAGGGACGUGGUCCAAGGAUGAAAAUAACACGGACAAGCGGUGCGAUUUAAAGCAAUGGCGUCUUUCUGGUUUGGGACGGGCAAUCAGAACUUUCCGGGCGGUUUGGUUGGGCAUCCGGGUACAGGCAGCAAAUGGAUGGCGAAUCGCGAAGUGCCUUAUCGUGUGGUCGUUGGAGGAGGAUAUCAGUAGAGGGUGGGUUCGUUGUCGACAUGGCAUCUUUACAUACGUAGUAUCUGGCCAUGCCGGCUGUUGCAGCCACAGCUGCGACUGCAGGCUUUACGCUACCUGAGGUAGAGAAUCUGGGCUAGCUCGGCCUUUGGAAUCGGUCGAGACUAGUCUCGAUUGAAAUACACUCUAUUAAGAUACUGGUUUAGUCCUCUGCCGCUCCAGUGACGCAACAUAAGGUAUUUUGGGGGUCAAGAUGCAAGGCCACAGGCAUCAAAUGAGAGAGAAAUUGGCACCGCGCAACAAUGCUUCAGCUACAGCACAGAAACGAUGAUUACAGAUGAGUCAUUUUGUAUGCAACUCAGAUUGGGGUAGCUGAGGUAAGGCAGAGUUCGAUUUCAAAUCGAGAUAUCUGGC